AUGGCAACAGGAAUUCCAUCUCAAACAGCACAACUCCAAAAACAAGCUAAUAUGUCUACCGAUUCUGCAUCAGAGGCGAAGAUCAAGGAGCUGGGAAUCCAGAGUAAAUUUGACGUCAAAGAAGGCGUGAAUCUUAGUGGAGAACAGAGAGUUAUUGUUGGAAGCAUCCUAGACCUCUUCGCCGGCACACCCACCCUCCCCAAACUAUCCCUCUGGCUCGACUCCGCCACCUUCUCCGACCCCCUAACCAAAGCCGAAGGCCGCAAACAAUACGCGGCCCAAUGGUACGGCCUCGCAGCCGCCUUCUCCAAAAUCGAGCAACUGCACACCCAGGUUACGUCCGCGGGGAACCCGAUUGAGAUGGAUUUGAAGACGAGGUAUACGGUUAAGGGCAUCGGGAAGGAGACCGAGAUUAAGAGUCUCAUUAAGAUUUGGACGAAAGAGGGGGGAAGCGGGCAGGGAUUGAGGGUCGAGAAGGUGGAGGAUCGGUGGGAUGGGGAGAUUCCUGAGGGGGCGUUUGCGAAGGUGUUUCGAAACUUGAAUAGUGUGGUUGUUCCGGCUUUUGUGAGUGUGCCGAAGAGUGAAGAAGAGGAGGCGAAGAAGUCGACUUAA